AUGGAUGGGAGUGUGAUGAUAUCACCAUCUCUGGAAGAGGUCAAAUCGGAGAGAUCUCAAAUUACUGGAUCAAAUGUGCAGAGGAAGGCGUUAGGGGGAGAGCAGGGGAGAAGAUUAACUGAGGAGAGGCGAAGAAAUGUUGUCGGUAUUCGAGAUGAGGUGAAUGAUGACAACCUGGCGAGAAUAAGGCGUGUUAGGAUGAACGCGAGAAUGUUCGCGAGAAUUUUCGCGAGAAAACUGAGUGGUUUUACUACAAUUAGCUCGGAUUUCCGGAGAUUCCGUGACAUGAACUAUCAUCUUCAUUUCUUCCAGGCAAAAGCUACGGGAGACGAGAUCGAAGACGUACUAGGUGGGCUUCAUGUCGGAGAAGAGUCUUCACCUGCUAGUAAACUUCCCGAAGAAGCAGAUGUUGUGGGUCUGGCGGAAAUCAUCGACGGUAGAGAAGCUCCUGGUGGAGACGGCGACGCCCGUGAACCUGAGGCUAUGGUGGGAGGAGAUAGUGGGGGCGAAGCGGAAGGUGCUGAUUUAGGAGGACCUAGCCGACCAACAGCAACGACGAUAGAGAGGAAUAGAGGUAGACGUACUUUCCUCGGAAUUGAUAUCGGCUCGAAACGCAAGACCACGGGACCUCCCAAUUACAGCAAUACCACUUCAAGGAACGAGAAGGUUGAGAAGAAGCCAGCCGAAGCGUUAUUCAAGAAGUCACUUAAGAAGCCAAAAGCUACUCUGAAGCCAAAGCCUGCCCUCAGGGCAAGCGCUGCAAAGGGAAAGGCAGCAGAAGUCGACCCAGAAAAUGAAUCCGAUAGUGAUGAAGAUGUCGAUACUGAGGGCAUGACCGUUGGUGAUUUUAGAGAAAUGGCCAGCGAAAUCCUCGAUUUAGUCCGUGUCACCACUAACCGCAGAACCGGUCGCAAUCCUAGCAGCCGGGGCAAGGUUGAAAAGGCUAUCAAGGCAAUUCGAGGCGAAGUCGAACGUUUUCAAAGCAGAGGAGCUGGUAUCAAGAGGAAGGUAGCCGAUCCCAAGAAAGGGACAGAAUCGAUACCGAAGAAGGCGAAGGUUACAGCAAGGACAAGGGAAAAGGGAAAGCUAAGAGCUAGGGCGAGGCUGCUGAGGUUGUAG